CAGGUGACCGACCAUAUGAUUUUUUCUCUCCAGAGGCAGAGGAAAACACACCUAGGAGUGGAUUUUGAAAGAGGAUUCAUUGAUACUUACUCCAAAGGAAUGAAUGCAUUCAAAAUGGGCAGCGUGGACAUUCUCAGGCUGACUCUACAGAGAGAACUGACAGGAGAUGAACUUGAACACUUAGCCCAGAAGGCGGGCAAGAAGACCUAUGCCAUGGUUUCUGGCCGCUCGACCAGUCAUUCCCUGGCCUCAGAACUGGUGGAGUCCAAUGACGGACAUGAAGAGAUCAUUAAGGUGUACCUGAAGGGGCGGUCUGGGGAUAAGAUGAUCCAUGAGAAGAAUAUCAAACAGCUGAAGAGUGAGGUGCAAUACAUCCAGGAGGCCCGGAACUGCCUGCAGAAGCUCCGGGAGGACUUAAGUAGCAAGCUUGACAGAGAUCCGGGAGAUUCUCUCCGUGGACAGGAGAUACAGGUGGUGUUAGAAAAGCCAAAUGGAUUAAAUCCAAGCUCCACAACACAGUAUAGCAGCCCACCUGAGGUAGAUGCCUACAUAAGCGAAGAUGCCGAGAGCUUGAGGAAGACUGUGCGGGACCUGCUUGUCAAGCUGCGGGAGGCUGAGCGGCAGCACCAGUCAGACCGAGUGGCUUUUGAGGUCACACUCAGCCGGUACCAGAGAGAAGCAGAACAGAGUCAAGUGGCCCUUCAGAGAGCAGAGGACCGAGUGGAGCAGAAGGAGGCUGAUGUCGGAGAGCUCCAGAAGCGCCUGCUAUGCAUGCAAGCGGAGCAUCAGGCCUUAUUGGUGAAGGUCAGGGAGGGGGAAACAGCCCUGGAGGAACUUCGGAGCAAGAACACUGACUGUCAAACAGAGCGAGAAAAGGCUGCCAACCUGGAAAAGGAAGUGGCCGGGCUGCGGGAAAAGAUCCACCACUUGGAUGACAUGCUGAAGAGCCAGCAGCGGAAAGUGCGGCAAAUGAUAGAGCAGCUCCAGAAUUCAAAAACUGUGGUCCAGUCAAAGGACAGCACUAUCCAGGAGCUCAAGGAGAAAAUCGCCUAUCUGGAAGCAGAGAAUUUAGAGAUGCAUGACCGAAUGGAACACCUGAUAGAAAAGCAGAUCAGUCAUGGCCAUUUUAGCACCCAGACCUGGACCAAGACCGAAAACCUGGGCAGCGUGAGGAUAUCCAAGCCCCCCAGCCCUAAUAAGCCCAUGCCUCUUAUUCGAGUGGUGGAAACAUGAGCAGAAGAGCUGGACGCUACUGUUGCCGCUGCUUCUCGCCUGCGGAGAAGCCGCCACCCCUGUAGGCUGCUCACCCCGACUUUGACUUCCUGACUGAUCCCUGGCUACAUUCAGGGCUGGGGGUCCAUGUGCCCCACUGUUUCCAAGCUCCUGUCCCCUGUGUGCUGGGCAGACAGAGGAUGCACACCCCUUCUGGACACUGCAGCCCUUGGAGGACGUUCACCCACCAGCGAGAGCCAGGGCAGUAUCCUUAUUCCUGUAGUUACUAGUUUUCUCUGUAGUAGAGCCGCCCUUCUCUUGUAGGCUGGAGUUCAGCUGCCCCAGGAUCCAGGCCCUCACUGGGUCGGGAGAGGUGGCAAGAUUUCCCUCACCCAGAGAAGCUGGAGGCACCAAGGUCUGCAGCAAGGGGAGGGUGUCCGGGGAAGGGGGAAUGAAGUUCCCUCCACAAACGCAGUUCAGUUCUUCGCAACUCAUUGUUUGUUUUUCCACUCACUCUGCCCUCAGCCCCUGCUGACCCAUGCCUCCUACAGACAGACCCAGGGCGACCUGUCAUGGCCUGGGGCAGAGUCAGUGAGCUGCAGCUUUGACUGGCCAGCCUUGUCUUCCUGGGAGAAGGAAAUGUACAUUCUGGG